AUGCCGGAUUCUGGUAUCUCAGAAAUUGCUCAUCUUCCCCGAGACAGGCCAACUUUCGCCUUUCUGAAUUAUUUCUUUGAUCGAGGCAUCAAGGCCAGGAAGGAGGAAAAUAGAGUCCAGAAAGAGAACGAGGAGAGAGGAACAGGAAAACUAACUUCUGUCAAGAAAAGGAGGAAACAUGGUGCUCACCUCCUGGUGGACUAA